UGAUCCGGUAUGUUUUGAAAACAUGUCAACGCCGACGAACAAGUCCUCGUAUAAAGAACUAAAAGAACAGUUUGUGAGUGGGCAUCAGGGGUCGUCUGCCGCAGAAAUAACUUUAAUUUAUCUAGGCAUAGCUUGUUGUGUUUUUCUUCACAAUGUUUGCGUCCCAAAGUGGAGAAAUCGAUGGCCCCAUGGGAUUGUUGACUUCCUUGUUCUUGUACUCCCCGGACUCCUCUCGGUCACAAUCCUCAACGAAUCAAAGAUUCUGAUUGUAGUGACUCUCCUAUUUAUGGCAGCUGUUUCAUUCAUUACUCAGAAGGAAAGCAAGACAAGCAAUAAAUCCACCGUUCCUUUUCUUCAACAAGAAUUCAAACAGAAACUUGAUUUUGUUAGUAAUUUUAGAACUUUUGCCUUAAUUUGUACAUCUAUAUGUAUCUUAGCUGUGGACUUCAAAGUGUUCCCAAGAAGAUUCUGUAAAGCUGAAACAUUUGGUACAGGCUUGAUGGAUACAGGUGUUGGUCUAUUCAUUGUAGCCAAUGGUAUUGUGUCGCCAGAAUCUCGCAACAAAUCAAAUGUUUCAAGUCUCAAAAGCUCUGUUUUAUCAUCUGUUCCUCUAAUUAUUAUUGGAUUGGGUAGAGUCCUCUCAACUAAAGGUGUAAAUUACCAAGAGCAUGUAACAGAAUAUGGAGUGCAUUGGAAUUUUUUCUUCACAGUAUCUGCAGUUAAGAUUUGUUCAAGUCUUAUUUUGACAUUCCUUCCAUUCAAUCUCUCAGGGCCUGCAGUUUUUGUGAUUCUAAUCUAUCAACUGUUCCUCACUAAAUUUGGUAUGACUGAGUACUUAGACCUGGGAGCUGAUGGUAAAGGUGGUAGACAAGGCUGGUUUGACUCCAACAGAGAGGGCAUUGUGUCCUGUGUAGGCUACCUGUCUCUGUACUUCCUAGCAGUGGAGCUGGGGAAGCAUAUAUUUAAUAAAGAAAGAAAAACAAUUAGAGACUGGAUGCAGUUUGCCCUAGUUCUAUGCUUUCUCCAGGCUGUAUUCUGGUGUGUGAUGAUCUGGUCUGAAAUUCAUAUUCAGGAAGUCUCCAGACGUUUUGCCAACUUUGCAUAUGUUACCUGGAUUAUGGCCUUGUCAGUAUUCCUCCUCUUUCUGUUGUUGAUGACAGAUUUGUUCAGCUAUUUUCAGUCAUUCACAUUUUCUGAAAUCAAGAACAAGGAAGGUGAUGUUUGCCUGUUGUCUGCUGUAAAUUAUAAUGCACUGUUAUAUUUCCUGUUGGCAAAUGUUUUCACUGGACUUGUAAAUUUGUGCAUAGACACUAUACAAUCUUCACCAACAAAAAGCAUGGCAAUACUUGUCAUUUACAUGGGCAUUUUGAGUUUUAUAUCAAUUGUGUUUUACAAAUGGAAAAUACAAUUAAAAUUCUGGUAGCACU